AUGACGCAAGAAAAGGCGGCCGACGAUGUUGGCGAGCCUCCCGUCCACCAAAAAAUACCAUACUGGCGCAUAGUCAUCGAUCAAGCAGGGAUCACACAAGAGGUAGCCAACUAUCGAUAUCCCGGCUCUGGCACCGAGGCAGAUCCUUUUUUGGUGCAAUGGAUCCCCAACGACCCCAGGAACCCGAUGCUCUUCAGCAGGCCAACCAAAUGGUUCAUCACAUUCAUGGUCUCGUUGACCACGCUGGCAGUGGCGCUUCUCUCAUCAGCCUUUACGGGUGGCAUCCGCGAAAUCAUCCAGGAAUUUGCUAUCUCCCAAGAAGUCGCGACUCUGGGCGUCUCCCUGUUCGUGCUCGGAUUCGCCAUUGGACCGUUACUCUGGGCGCCGCUCAGUGAACUCUUUGGACGGCAGUCGCUCUUCUUCGGCACGUAUGCCAUCCUGACGGCAUUCAACGCCGGUUGCGCCGGCGCCAACUCGGCCACGACCCUCAUCGUCCUCCGCUUCUUCGCCGGCGCCUUUGGCUCGUCUCCACUCGCCAACUCGGGCGGCGUCAUCGCCGACAUGUUCCCGGCCGCGGAGAGAGGCUUGGCCAUGGCGUUGUUCGCGGCCGCGCCUUUCCUCGGACCCGUUCUCGGACCCAUCAUUGGCGGGUUUCUCGGGGCCGCUGCGGGCUGGCGAUGGGUCAUGGGCUUCCUUGCUGCGUUUUCUGGGACCCUUUGGCUUCUGGGAGCGGCCCUCGUCCCCGAGACCUACGCGCCGUAUCUGCUUCGACGGCGAGCUGCAAAGCUGUCCAAGAUGACUGGCAAGGUUUACGUUAGCAAGAUUGAACACGAGCAAGGCAAGAUCAGCUUGGCAGAGUCGUUCAAGACGGCCUUGUCGAGACCGUGGAUCCUGCUGUUCCGCGAGCCCAUUGUCUUGCUCCUGUCGCUUUACAUGGCCAUUAUCUACGGGACUCUCUACAUGCUGUUUGCAGCUUUCCCUAUUGUCUAUCAACAACAACGAGGUUGGUCACAGGGCAUUGGUGGACUUGCCUUCCUCGGCAUCAUGGUCGGCAUGAUAUUCGCCAUCAUUUAUACGCUACCCGAGAACGGCCGGUAUCAGCGAGUACAAAAGAGAAACGGCGGAUUCGCCCCUCCGGAAACCCGCCUUCCAUCAGCCAUGGUUGGAGGCGUUGCAAUUCCCAUCGGUCUAUUUUGGUUCGCCUGGACGAACAAUGCAUCCAUCCACUGGAUGGUCAGCAUCGCCGCCGGCGUCCCAUUUGGAUUCGGAAUGGUCUUGUUGUUCUUGAGCGUCAUGAACUACCUCAUCGAUGCUUACACCAUCUUCGCGGCGAGCGUGCUGGCUGCCAAUUCCGUCAUCCGCAGCUGCUUCGGCGCUGCGUUUCCCCUGUUUACGACGUACAUGUACAAAGACCUCGGAACCAACUGGGCGUCGUCGGUUCCCGCAUUCUUGGCACUGGCUUGCGUACCAUUUCCGUUCCUGUUUUACAAGUACGGCCCGGCGAUCCGGGCCCGCUGCAAGUUUGCCGCACAAUCGGAAGCGUUCAUGGCGCGGCUGCGAGAACAGGAUCCUUCGUCUUCAGACAUGGAGCCGGAAGUGAGCGGCGCACAGGAAGCCGUGGUGAGCGACGCCGUCGACACGGAUGCAGCAUCUUCCGACGAUCGUUCCUCCCUACGCCGCGAGGGCUCGCGCCGUCGAACGAUGAGCUUGGCCUCGACACGCCGAAAGUCCUACGACGGAAACCCGUACGAUAUCGACAGAGUCAACACGAGGGAGUCUUUCGCAUCGACACACAAGUGA